AUGGCCGAUGGCUCGCGCAAGGGCGCAAAGACCAGUAGGUUGAGGGUCUCUCGUCUCUCGUCUCUCUCUCUGCCUUGCCUCUCCGCUCACAUCACAGCCUCGCACCUUCUGGCCGGCCUCGGCUCCGGUGUCCUCUCGGCCGUGCUGCUGCAGCCCAUCGACUUGCUCAAGACUCGCGUCCAGCAGGCCGGCCACCACAGCCUGCGCCGCGUGCUGGCCGAGCUGCGGGAUGCCUCGUCCCAGCCAGAGGCCAGAGGCCAGCCGCGCAGCUUUGUCGCCAGCCUCUAUCGCGGUACCGUGCCCUCGGCUCUGCGCACCGGAUUUGGCUCGGCUCUCUAUUUUGCCGGCCUGAAUGCGAUCCGGUCGAGUGCCGCCACCAUUCCAGUCCUGUCUGGGAGGGCUUCGUCUUUGUCAUCUCCUUCAUCUCCCUCUUCUCCUUCUUCACCCACUCCCUCUUCCUCUUCUCUCGUUCGCCUCUCCAACACCGGCAACCUGCUCACCGGCGCCGUUGCCCGUGCUGCCGCCGGCUUCGUUCUCAUGCCGCUCACCAUCAUCAAGGUCCGCUACGAGAGCAGCCUAUACGCCUAUCGCUCGCUCGCUGCAGCCGCCUCUGACAUUGCCCGUGCCGACGGCCUGCGCGGCUUCUUUGUCGGCUUCGGUGCCACUGCCCUGCGCGACGCUCCUUAUGCCGGCCUCUACGUCUUGCUCUACGAGCAGGUCAAGCGCCGGCUCAACCGCUGGGCUGCUGCUGGGCCGUCUGCAUCGACCUCGGCCUCCCACGUCUCCCUCUCCGCUGCUGCCGGCAUCAACUUCUCCUCCGCCGUCAUCGCCGCUGCUACCUGCUCUGUCGUGUCUAACCCGUUCGACGCCGUCAAGACCCGCAUCCAGCUGCAGCCCGCACGCUACCGCAAUAUGCUGCAGACCGCCCGCCGCAUGCUCGCCGAGGAAGGCGCCCGUUCCAUGUGGGACGGCCUCGCCCUGCGCAUGAGCCGCAAGGCUAUGAGCUCCGCCCUGGCCUGGACUGUCUAUGAGGAGCUUAUUCGUCGCGCCGACCGGCGCUGGUCUUGA